ACGGCCGCCGCGAAGCUGCGCCUUCCGCACUUCCGGGCUGCAGGACGAUGGCCACCCUCGCCGCCGCGCCCCCGAGCCUGGACACCGUGGACACGCAGCGCGCAUCGGGGAAGACCACUUGGCUGUGACUGAGUCACGUCUCGAGCCGCGGAGAUCGCGCAGCAGUGGCCGAGGCAGUGGCGCCGGCUGGACCGCGAAGUCUGCCUGAAGGAGCAUGGAGGAGCCCGUGGGCCCCAUGGCCUCGCUGGCGCUGGUGGAGGCGAUGCGGCGCGGCGCCUUCCCGCCCGCCCCGGCCGCCGUCAACAACUACGACUCGGAGCUCAGCCGCUUCUCGCGGCCCAUGCUCACCAUGGCCGCCGUGCUCACCAUCCUCGUCAUGAUCCUGGGGGUGGCCGGCAACCUGCUCACCAUCGUGGCGCUGCUGAGGUGCCCCCGGGUGCGCAACGUGGCCGCGGCCUUCAUCAUCAGCUUGUGCGUGGCGGACUUGCUGUUCUGCGUGACGGUGCUGCCGUUCUCCGCGUCCCGCUUCAUCCACGGCACCUGGACGCACGGCGGCGCGCUGUGCACCGUGGUGCCCUUCAUGCGCUACGGCAACGUGGGGGUGUCGCUGCUGUCCAUCGCCAUGAUCACCAUCAACAGGUACAUCAUGAUCGCCCACUACAACAUCUACGGGCGCGUGUACCGCACGGGCUGGAUCGCCGCCAUGAUCGUCUUCUGCUGGCUCUUCAGCUACGGCUUUCAACUGCCAACGCUCGCCGGCGUCUGGGGAGUGUUUGGCUUCGACAAGCAGUUGGGCACGUGCUCCAUCCGGCCGGACGCCGCGGGCCGCUCCUCCAAGACGGCGCUCUUCGUCACGGCCUUCGUGGUGCCGUGCAUCAUCAUCAUCGGCUGCUACGCCCGGAUCUUCUGGGUGGUGCACGAGUCCGAGAAGCGCAUGCGCGCGCACGGCGCCCGGUCCGCGGGCACGGGGCCCUUGGCGGCGCCGAAGCAGGGCCGCGAGGGCCGCGAGCAGCGCGCGAAGCGCAACGAGUGGCGCAUCACCAAGAUGGUGCUGGCCAUCUUCUUGUCCUUCCUGUGCUGCUACCUGCCCAUCACCAUCGUCAAGGUCACGGACCACAACGUGCGGUAUCCAGGCUUGCACGUGACGGGCUACCUGCUGCUGUACCUGUCGGCCUGCAUCAACCCCAUCAUCUACGUCAUCAUGAACGCCCAGUACCGGCAGGCGUACCGCAGCGUGCUCACCUGCCACCGGCAGCGCCACAGGAUGACCGCCAGCACUGCAGGCCCGGCAGCUAAUGGCCACAACGGCCACGCCUCGGGGGAUGGGGGUGGGGGUUAGUUGCAGUAAGUGCCACCAGACGGCAGACCGCGGCAUGGACGGCAACAGCAAGACGAUGGUGUCGCAGGUGUCCAUCGCCAUGUCCCCCGUGAGCCUGACGCCGGGCCCCCGCGUGGACGACGACUUCUGAUGGCCGGCGGUUGUUCGAGACGAGGUGUCCUGAGGAGCGCCGCGCGCGCUGCGUGGUGCACCACCACCACCACCACCAGUGCCAGAGGGAAGAAGGCGAGGCCGUGUCCGUUGUCCGCAACGACGACCCGGAUGACCGCGAAGGCGAGGGGCUCGGCGAUGACCACCAAAGCAACCGACCAAACGGCAAGAAGCAAAAACGGCGAGGUGCCCACCUGCUGGGUCCAACUGUAUGCACUCGCAGAUCAGUUCUUGUGCUAGUCAGACUAUACACCACAGAACGCGGUGCGAUACGACAGAGAGUUGCAACCUUAACUUGCGUUUUGACACUUCUUUGCCAUUCCACUUAAAUGUAAGCAACCGUAGAGCUAUAAGAUUGAGUGAUGUACAAACCUGCAAGACUAGACGUAGGGCUAUUUUAAAGUGUGUUCCUUUUUUGUUAGAAUAAAUUUAUUAUGAACGACGGUC